AUGGACCAAAGCCAGAAUGCAGACACGCAAGGCGUGGCGCAUGCGGUCGAAGACACCCAAGCUAGUGGCCAGGAAGAAGAGCACGAUGUAAAGCCAUCCAUACCGGAAACCUCUCAGUCGACUGUGGUUCCUGAUGCGGAAGAAAGCCGAUUGAGAGAGCUCCAGGCGGACGUUCGAAACCAAGAUGAUUUGGAAAGAGAUAUCGGCCGCCAGGCGGACAAGCUUCUCAUCGAGCAAGCGGAUGAAAGGGACCACAAAAGGCUGGAACGUACACUUCUAGAGAAAUCGAAAUUAGAAUCGCAAAUCUUGAGAUUACACCAGCGACUCUCCCAACCGGUAGGUACAGCCGUGCGGGUUCGCACAACUGCAGAGAUAGAGAACCUAGAAUCACGGAUAUCAUCACUCGACGCCGAUGCCGGGCAGAUCCAACAACGUAUCGAUGAGAGGCACCAAGCUCUCGAGGAGGCGGGCCAGGUGUCUGGGUCCGGAAGACUGCCAAAUGAGUCUCGAAGAGAUUAUCUGAUACGGACGGGCAAAAUCACACCGUUCUCGAAAAUGGGAGGAGGGUUUGGGGGCUCCAGCACAGCCACACUAACGGAAGCCUUGAUCGAUGCGGAGGAUGAACGAGAGCAGGAGCUUGCGUUGCAAGAAUCAGCGUCUUAUCGCGAACCUUCCCAUCGCAACCUGCAGCGUCCAGGAUUCGAUUACGAUGAGACGAGAGCGGAAAGUGAUUCCCCUGAUCUCUCCCUCUCGCGUCCGCAGAAGCGUCGGAAAAGAGUAUCGCAUGCCCAGUUGAGUGCUGAAAGGGGCGACGAGGGUGUGGGCGUAUCUCAUCCUUCAUCAAGACUAUCAACCCCGACGUCUGAUGCGGAAUAUGUUGACUCUGGAGUCUUCUUCGGGUCCGGAGAAGAAAGCUUAUCGGAUGAGUGGGAUUUAGCCUCUGACACAUCACGGGGGAAAUCACGAAAGAGGCGGCCUAAAAAAUCCAGAAAGAAGGCCGCAGAGAAGGUCGCAGAGGAUUUCGAGGGUGUGGAUGACGGCGAUGAGAUGGUUUAUCAAUCUCGACUGGAAGAUUGGGUACAUAGGAGGUCGGCAGCACGGAAGCGUACCCCGAAUGAGGGUGAUACUCAAACUGCGGAUGCGGCUGAUUCGACGCGUGGGGCCAUUGAAGGGGACAGUACCCUUGUGGAAGAUGAGAAGGAAUGGUUCCUGCCUCAUCCAAAAGUCCCUGACAAAGUGAUAGAUGGUGGUUUUCGUAUCCCGGGAGAUAUCUAUCCAUAUUUAUUCGACUAUCAGAAAACGGGAGUCCAAUGGCUUUGGGAGCUCUACCAACAGAAGGUAGGGGGAAUAAUCGGUGAUGAAAUGGGCCUUGGUAAAACAAUCCAAGUCAUUGCCUUCCUGGCUGGGCUGCACCAUAGCAAGAAGUUGACCAAGUCUGUCAUUGUUGUCUGCCCCCCAACCGUCAUGAAACAGUGGGUAAACGAAUUUCAUCGAUGGUGGGCCCCGUUCCGAGUGUCAAUUUUACACAGUUCAGGGAGUGGUAUGGUGAAUUUACGAAGCGAGAGCUUUGCGGAUGCACGUCUGGAAUCCCAGCUAUGGGAGCCAGAUCAGCCUCGCAGACUCCCAAAGGAACAAAAGGCGGCGAAACGGAUUUUAAAACGGGUCCUGGAGGAAGGACAUGUGCUUGUGACCACUUAUUCCGGGUUGCAAACCUACCGUUCCCUGUUAAUUCCAGUUGAUUGGGGCUGCGCGAUUCUUGACGAGGGACACAAGAUCCGGAAUCCAGACACGGCUAUUACGAUCCACUGCAAGGAAUUACGCACCGCACAUCGCCUCAUUCUCUCCGGAACGCCCAUGCAGAACAACCUAACUGAGCUUUGGUCGUUGUUUGACUUCGCCUUCCCCAUGCGACUGGGCACGCUGGUCAAUUUCCGUAACCAGUUCGAAUUUCCAAUUCGUACGGGGGGGUAUGCCAAUGCAUCAAAUCUGCAGGUGCAAACUGCGGCCAAAUGCGCAGAAACGCUCAAAGAUGCCAUCAGCCCUUAUCUGCUUCAGCGGUUUAAGAUUGACGUCGCUGCCGACCUUCCCAAGAAGAGCGAACAGGUGCUCUUCUGUAAAUUGACGAAAUUGCAAAGAUCGGCGUACGAAGCGUUUUUGGGAUCUAAUGAGAUGUCAUCGAUCCUCCGAGGUCGCCGAGAGGCUCUGUACGGCAUUGACAUGCUCCGCAAGAUUUGCAAUCACCCUGAUCUCCCUGAGCACAAGGUGUUAUCUAAAAAGCCAAGCUAUAACUACGGAAGUGCCUCCAAGUCCGGAAAAAUGCAGGUCGUCAAGUCGUUAUUGGAGCUGUGGAGGGAUACAGGUCACAAAACUCUCCUAUUCACUCAACAUCGAAUCAUGCUAGACAUUCUUGAACGAUUCAUAAUAUCGAUGGGUGGGUUCAAAUACCAAAGGAUGGACGGAAACACGCCGAUUAAAUUUCGGCAAAAAAUGGUCGAUGAGUUUAAUAAUAAUCCAGAUAUACAUGUUUUCCUCCUGACCACCAAAGUUGGUGGUCUCGGGGUGAAUUUGACCGGGGCGGAUCGGGUGAUCAUCUAUGACCCGGACUGGAACCCUUCGACUGAUGUCCAAGCCCGCGAGAGAGCUUGGAGAUUGGGCCAAAAACGGGAGGUCACCAUAUACAGGCUUAUGACAGCGGGGACCAUUGAAGAGAAAAUCUACCAUCGCCAAAUCUUCAAGCAGUUCUUGACCAAUAAGAUCCUGAAGGACCCAAAACAGCGGCAGACGUUCCAGAUGAGUGAUUUGCACGAUCUGUUUACCCUUGGGAACGAUGGGCGGACGGAGACGGAGACGAUCGAGUUGUUCAAAAACGUGGAGGUCACGUUUCAAGAAUCUAAGGGCGCUCAAAUCGCAAGCCCCGAAGGUACAACAAACCCAGCCGCGGAAGCAAGCGUUACCGGCCCAGACCGUGAAGAACAAGAAAAGAUUAGCCGCGUCACAGGCGUGUCUUCCCUGGAACGUUUCCACGAGGCUCCCGAAACUCCAAAUGCUUCCAAAACCGAUGGCGCAAGAGCGCCCAACUCAGAAGCGCGAUUGAUGGAAGGCAUAUUUGCCCGAUCCGGUGUGCACUCCGCGCUCGAGCACGAGCAGAUCAUCAAUGGCAAACGAGUCAUAAAGGCAGACCCUAAAAUCAUCGAGGCCGAGGCUAAAAAAGUAGCAGCUGAGGCCGCCAGGGAGCUUCUCAGGGCAGGGGAACUUGCCAAAUCCAUCCCGGUUGGCACACCUACCUGGACCGGCCAGUUCGGCGUCGCAGGAAGGCCCGAGGACACGAUGCAGCCGCCGCGUGGAACCGUUGCGUCUCCACUCCCAUUCGGGCGCGGCAGCGCCAUACGCAGAGCCACCGGCGGCCCGUCGUCUGCCAGCCUCCUUGCCAAUCUCACGAAUCGCACCGUCGGAGAUGGUGGGAGCGGCUGGAGCAACAGCAGCCAUGCAUCAGGCACCAACACCCCUCGUUCUGGUAGUACCCCGGGAGGCGCAAUCGACGGCGGUAGCCAUCUCGGAAGCAGUGGCGGUAGCAGUAGCAGUCAACCGCGCGGCAAGGACUUUCUGAAGAUGAUCCGCGAUUAUAUCAUGGCGCAGGGAGGGUCGGUGCGCACGCAGAAUCUCAUCGAUCAUUUUAAUCGGUUCUGCGACACGCCGCGCGCAACGAUGGAAUUCAAGGAGAUGCUGCGGACCAUUGCUGUUUUGGAGAAGACCGGGGGGAGGGCGAGGGGAAAGUGGGUGCUUCGACCGGAGUAUGCGACGGGACAUGAUCCUACGGGAUUUUUGUAA